UUUGCUGCCAUCUGGCCACGCCGCCCUUGCUGUGUUUCCAUCGUGGCAGACAGGCUCUGUCCUGCCUCUGGGCCUUUGUCCCCUGCGCCUGACCACUGUCCCCACGACUGGCAGGAGCCUCAGCCCAGGGGCCACCUUCUGUGACCACCCUGGGAGGUGCUGUCCGGGGAGGCCCUCCCGUUAUCUUUGCUUUCUUCAGGGUGCUCGUCCCCCCUCUCUGCAAGUGUCCCACUGGCCUUCUUCUCCUCUGCCUCCUUUUAACUGGAAAGGGAACUCUGUUCCUGUUUCACCCCCUGCAGCGUUGCCAGUCUUUCCAACAGGGACUGGGACAUGGCUGACGUUCAGUUCGUACUGAAUGAACAAAUGUGUGGUCGUGCACACAGCCCGGUGUGCCUUUCUUUGAGCCCUUUACGUGUUCCACUUUGCAUUAAAGCUCCUUGGCGUGUAUUAAAAACGCCAGCCCCAAAUGAUGCCAGCUCAGUAAUACCGUUAAGGGGAUGCGUUUAUCCAGCCCUUUCUCUGCGCUCGGCUCUGAGCACACUUGAGUCUAUCAUUCACCCUUACGGCACCAUUUUUGACAGAUGAAAAGUGAAUUAGGUUUUAGCCUGCAGACACCAAGGUGGGAAGUGACGGGACUGGUUCAGGAUCUCAGGCUGCCGGGCCCGAGCACUGACCCUGCUUUUCUCUUCCCCUGGCUCUGAUGUGGGGAAGUAGGAUGAGAGUAUUACCAGUCAUGAGAAGGACCUACUUUCCAAAAAUAUUUCCUCCAUUACUGUCCAGAUUUCACGAGUUGGUUGACCCAGAUACCGUAAUCUGUAGCUAUUGUGUUGGGUUUUUAUUUUUAAUUGUUAUCGGUUACACUUGUGUAUGAUGGUUCAACAAGGCUUGGUCUCCAGAUACUCCCCUCUGCCCCCAGCCUCUAGGGUCAACCACUUCCGGCUCUUCUCUGUUUCUCCUUCUCUUGCUUGUGUUGCUACCCCUCCUCCCCCAGGUACACGCAUCAUCUAUUGACUUCCUGCUUUGGAAGAUGAGGGUUUAACUCUCAGCACUACCCUAGCCCCCAUCACACACACGCACGCGUGUGCACGCACGCACACGCACACACACAGACACACACUUUGCAUCCUCCCAGUAGAGGUGUGUGGUAAUGUUGAUUAGAUCAGCAUUAAGUUCCUUUCAGUUCUAUUCGCAAAACAUAGCCCCAAUUUGAUCACUUCUCCCUAACUUCACUGCUACGACUGUAGUCUUUUACCUGGAUUAUGGCUACAGCCGUCCAACUGAGCUCCCCGUUUCUGUCCUUCCUCUUUUUUUUUUGGCUGCGCGGCUUGCGAGAUCCUAGCUCCAUGACCAGGGAUUGAACCCACGCCCUCAGCAGUGAACCCAUGGAAUCCUAACUACUGGAUCACCAGGGAAUUCCCUGUCCUUGCUCUCUUUUGAUCUGUUGUCCAUACAGUAGUCAGAGUGAUCCUGUUUAAAAAUAAAUUUGAUUGGCUCAAAACUCCCUGGCUUCCCCUUCACUCACAGUGAAGGACAAAGUUCUUGCUGUGGUCUCCAGGGCACUGCAUGAUCUGGCCCAAUUCCUCAGUCAUCCCUCAUUUCUCUCUCCCUUUUCACUCUGCUCCCAGCACACUGAUCUUCGUGCACCAGUCAAGUCUCUGCCUCAGGGCCUUUGCACUUGCUCUCUCUCUCUCCCUGGAAUGCUUGUCUCGCAGGCAUCUGCACAGCUAGCUAACUUUCUUCAGAUCUUUACCCAACUGUUAUCUCAAUGAGGCCUUCCUAUCUAAAACGUCAUUCCUCACCAUACUUGAUAACUUCUUCCCCUGCUUGUUUUUUCCAUCUUAUCACUAUCUAGCAUACUGAUUAUUGUAUUACUUAUUUUAUGAUAUUUUAUUUAUAUUCUGUAUUUCCAUAUAAACAAAUAUAUAUCCGUAUUAUUAUUAUCUUACUUAGCAUCUGUCUCCUGCCCUAGACUGUAAGCUUGAGCCCAGGAAUUUGCAUCUGCUUCCUCUGCUCUCUCUGGUACCUAGAACGUAGAGCAGGUGUCCAGUAAGCGCUGUUGAAAUGGCUGAAUGAACACAUUUUGGUUAGUGAGAGCUGUUCACGGCUGAGCCAUGUAGCACUAUCUUUCAUUCCCUGUGCUCCCUAGUUUUUCCUGGUGGUCGUGAUCAUCUUGUUUCUGCGUGGGGUCUAUGUAUUUACCAUUAACUCAGCUCCAAAUCCUCCCCUAAUGGGCACACUCACCCUCUCCAUCUACCCCACAUACUGUGUGAUUGUCCCCGCAACGUCUUGCUGCCUCUCAGUUCCAUCUUCUUGAAGAAGUCUCUCCCAGAGCGUUCUUAAUUUCUGUUUUAGAUUUUCUGUGGCUAGAGGAAUAUCCUGUGGCUAGAGAAUAUUCUUACAGAAGAAUACAAUCUUUUGGGAUUCAUUGAGGCUUAUCUUAAUAUUUAAGAUCUUAUUUAAUCAAAGAUUAAAUACUUGGUAUAUUGAUUUUUCUUCAAGUUCACUGAUUCUUUUUUCUGUCUCCAUUCUGCCGUUAAGCUCAUCAAAUGAAUUUCCCACUUACUGUACUUUUCAGUUCUAGAAUUUUGACCCUCUUAAAAUAUGUUUUUAGAAAUAAUUUCCGUUUCUCUAACUGAAAUUCCCGAUUUGCCCACUUAGAGUGACAUUUUGCUCCAGUUCUUCGAACAUAUUUUCCUUUAAUUCUCUGAUUAUAUUUAAAAUAACUGCUUUAAAGUCUUUGUCUACUAACUCCAAUACUUGGGCCAUUUUGGCCUCAUUUUCUAUUGACUGCUUUUCUCUCUUGGGGUCAAAUUGUCUUUUUUUUUUUUUUUUUUUUGCAUGUUUAGCAGGCUUUUAACUGUAUACUGGAAAUACUGGUUGAUACUGGCUAGUGACUCUGCAUCGUGUUGGAAGGGCACUGAUUCAUGUCCUAGUAGUCAAUUCAGUGACUGACUGAUCACCUUGAACCUGUGUGGCUUGUCUUCAUGUCCUGUUAGGGCAGAGAGAUGCAAGUCUGACAGUGUUUCUCUAGCCUUUCACCUUGACAGAACGCGGCCUCCAAACCUGAGAGCUUGGUUUAGGGUUUCUUGGCCAGGUGUCGGGAGGCCUGCCUCUUGCCAUGGUCCUCACUCGUAGGGCACAGCCUUCCUGAUGUCUCAGCUCAAUAUCUGGGUCCUUCGCAAGGUCCUAAGGAGGCCUCUUCCCCGUGGCUGGGUUGGAAGAUCCCCCAGCACUGUUCAGCCUCCACCUCUGGUGUGUUCUCACCCCCGGAGGAGCCGCUCUCUGGUUAGAACCUGGGAGCCUCACCCUGUGUGCGGAGCCCGAGGGCUAGGACCCACCAGGGACCACCCCUCCCCGACCCAUCGCUCCUCAUUCCAGUCCCACCAGCUGCUCCAGGCUCCAUGCCCUGCUUGGAGUCUAGCCGCCUGUCCUGUGGUCAGAAAACCGUCCCCAGUAGAGUGCUGGCAAUCGUGAGGCGCCUUCCAUGAGUUUUGCUUCUUUCAAGGAUUAGGGUCUCGUGCUGUGUUGUUUACAUCCUGAAAACAGUAGCCUCCCGUGUUUUUCUCAGUCUCCCGGCUGUUUAAGGAGGGAAGUCUCGACGGCCACUAAAUGCUCUUCCAGAACUGGAGGCUCCCGACCGGCCCGCCUCCUGGCUUGCGGCUUGGCUGCUGUCUUGGGAUCUCCCUACCACCCGGGGUUUCCCUUCGCCUCUCUUUUGAGUUGAAUUCUCUUUCUGGAUCCCCCAUUUUCUUCGUGUUGGUUGAUUUCAGCAGCUUCCUUAGAAAGGGUGACAGGAAGGUAAAUUUUUUGAGGCCCCUAUGUCUGAAAAUGCCUUUGUUAAACCAUCGCACUUGACUCAGUGAUUAGGUGGAGAAUUCUAGGCUGGAAAUUAUUUUCCCUUGUAAUUUUAGGCAUCGUUUCAUUGAAUGUCUAAUGCAAUAUGGAUCUUUUCUGUGAAGCCUUCAAACCCGUUUUUCCUUUCUCUCUUUUGUUUUCCCUGCAACUUUUUAGGGUCCUUUCUUCUUCCUCACUGUUCUUGAGUUCCCAAGGCCAAGUGUCUUGUGUGGGUCUGUUUUCCUCCAUUGUGUACUUAGUGGGCCUUUUCAGUCAGUUCUGGGGAAUUUUCUUGAAGCAUUUCUUUGAUUUUACUAUUCUUUUUUUCCAAAACUCUUACUAUCCUGAUGGUGGACCUUCUAGGCUGGUUCCACAAUUCCUUUUCUCUCUUUUCCAUCUCUUUGCAUUUUUUUCCCCUACUUGGAAAUUCUUCAAGUUUAUCUUCCAACGCUUAUGUUGCAUUUUUCAUUUAUGUUAUAUUUUUAAUUUUCAAGAGCUCGUUUUUCCUUUCCGAAUGUUCCCUCUACUUAAAAUAAGAGUGUUCUUUUAUCAUUUCAUGGCCCUUUUCUUAUCUCUGAAAACACUGAUGAUUUUUUUGGAGAUUGUUUUGAGAAACUCUGCCUAGUUUCUAUUUCCGCCAACUUGCCUUUUCCCGUGUCUGCUUGGCCUCUGUGUUUGAUGCUCCCCUCUGGGGUGUGGAGGGGAGUCCUAGGUCGUCUGGAUCCCAGGCUGGUGUGGUGCCGAGGUCCCGCCUUUCACGUCACCCCUGCGUGAGCUGUGCCCCGGGGCCUGCUUCCUGGAGCCUCUCACCCUGCGGAGCAAAUGGGACGUCUCAGGCGGGGAGUUUGGUUUGGCGAGUCGUGGCCCAGAGUGCAUCAACCGGUGGACCCCUCUUGUGAGGCCCAGGAAGAGGUGGUCACCUCCACAGUGCCAGGGCCAGAAGCCCUGCCCGCAGGAACUGUCUGAGGCCUCUGGGUCUGUCCCCACCCUGGACGCCCCUUGAGAACGGGAUAGAGAGGCACCCAGAGUGCUUGUGCCAGUGGAGGAGGGUGGAUGGCCUGCGGCUCAGGAUGUCACCUUCAGGGCCCCGAGGACCUGUGGUCUGCGGAGCAGAGAAGGCAGGCCCUGAGCCGCUGAGAGCCCUGGACCCGCCCAUUCUGGUGCCCUCCGCGGCGCAGCCUCCUGGCCCGGGCACAGUGACCAUCCAGCUGCAGAUCUGGGACACGGCUGGCCAGGAGCGCUUCCGCACCAUCACCCAGAGCUACUACCGCAGCGCCAACGGGGCCAUCCUGGCAUACGACAUCACCAAGAGGAGCUCCUUCCUGUCGGUGCCUCACUGGAUCGAGGACGUGAGGAAGUACGCGGGCUCCAACAUCGUGCAGCUGCUCAUCGGGAACAAGUCGGACCUCAGGGAGCUGAGGGAGGUGCCGCUGGCCGAGGCGCAGAGCCUGGCAGAGCACCACGACAUCCUGUGCGCCAUCGAGACGUCGGCCAAGGACUCGAGCAACGUGGAGGAGGCCUUCGUGAGGGUGGCCACGGAGCUGGUCAUGCGGCACGGGGGCCCUCUGCUCAGCGAGAAGGGCACUGACCACAUCCAGCUGGACAGCAAGGACGUCGGAGAGAGCUGGGGCUGCGGGUGCUGACCGGGGUGCAGGGCAGGCAGGCGGGGCUGCCCCACCUCCUCCCGCCCUGUGGCCUCCUCGCCCAGCCCUCCAGAGCUGGCCUCCAGGGUGCCAGCCAGAUAAAGGCCUGGAAUUACCCCGCCUGUGGCCUGGAUGCUUGAUGGGAGCACUGCCCUCCAGGAAGGAAGAAGCAGGAUUCCUCCCACGGGAGGCCCUGUUGGCACAGGGUAGGGUGUGGGGCCCUUCCUGCCAGCCAGCUGCUGUCCCCGCCACACGCGGCACGUCCCAGGACUGGCGCGAGCCCAGCGGUGUGGACCUUGGCCCAGGGGCUGGGAGUGGGCCUCCCGGGCUACAUGCUGCCUGGUUAGGACCGUUUCACACGAGGCCGCAGCAGGGUGUUGCUUUCCAGGGAUGUGGCCGGAGCUCCGGGCCCUCCCAGGGCAUUCCAGGGCCUCCUGUGCAGGAGCAACGGCCCAGCAGACUCAGUCCUGAGCUUCGUCCCGGGGUUUCCCUACCUCCCUCCUUCCUUCAAGGCCAGCUCCUGCCUCAGCCGGGCCUCCCUCUCCCAUUUCCAUGGAGCUUCUUUUCACCCGGACAACGGUGGGUCACGGCCCACAGCGCUCGUCUGCUGGCUUGGGGCCCAAAGUUUUGCCACUCAGGUUGCAAAAGCAGUGAAUCCUUUAGCUCUGGCUCUCGGAAGCUGGGGGUUAGUGGGAAUGAGAUAGGAGUGCGGACAUUUAAGGGAAAAGUAAACGCUCGCACCCCUGAGCCCAGCCUGUCCCACCUGACUUGCAGAGAUCCUUCGUGCCACGUUCAGAGUGCCAGCUCCCCCGCCGCUCCCAGACCAGCUUAGAGAGUUUCCCGCACAGAAAAGGCGAGGCCCCGGCAGGCCUGGGUCUGGGCCCACCCACUCUAAUGGUCUCUGCAUACGCUGGACACUGAGGUUAGACAGCAGGGGACCAGGGUCACUGGGGCCCUUGGAAGCAGCACCAUUCUCUGGGUGCAGCUCAGAGGAGUGCAGGGACUGGACUGGGGGAGCAGGUGGUCUUCCCAGGCCAAUCCCAGUCGCUCCCAUCAGCCCAGUUCAGCCCUGCAGGCCCCCCGCCCCAGUGUGGGGCCCCAGGAAAUCAGCUGCUCUCAGAGACAUGGGUGAGGCCACAUCAGGGAGACACAGCCCAGGGCCCCUGAGAGCCCAGAGGUGCCGCACAGCUGCAGUCGGGCUCCCUGCCUUCCAUCCCAGCACCUGGUCUGCGUCACACCCUCCCAGGCAGGCCUGGACACAGAGCAGGAAGUCAGACCUUGCCAGGCAGCCCCAGGAGGCGGGUCAGGCAGGGCUGCUGGCCCUUCCAGCCGCGGAGGCUGAGCCUGGUCCUUCCCUGGAGGGGAAGGACGCUGGCCUGGACGGGCCAGGAGCUGCUGAGCAGGGGUCAGCCCGCUGUCGGCCGAGUGGGCUGGGAAGUGGGAGCAAGAAGGCUGCCUGGCUUCCCUCCCCCGUCCCUGCUAAUGGGAUGGGGCCCAGCCCCUCCACCUGCACUGAGGGGUUCCCCAGAGAGGGGCCCCCUUCAGGCCAAGGGCAGAGGUCCUCCAGCCCCAUGACCUCUCUGCAGGGGACUGAUGUUUGGGCAGAGCUGGGUGUUCAGUCCAGGCCCAGCUGGGAGAGGAGUCUCACGAAGACCGCCUUGCACAGACCUGCUGCUCUGGGGGGUGGGGUGCAUGCAAGGAGCAGCGGCCGGGACUGCGCCCCAGUUCCAGCGAGCACAGGUACUGACCCCGGGCCCAGGGCUGCCUCACAGGGCUUAGGGAAGGAGGGAGGCCCCCAGCUCACCUCCUCCAGAAGGAGCCCUGCCGGGCUGCCGGCAGCAUCCGGCAGUCCGCAUCCAGGGUGCACAGGUACAGGAAACACCGGUGACAGGGGCUCACCUGCCACCUUGGGCUGUGAGCCAUCCCCCUACUCCUGUGCCCGGAACCCUGCACAGGGGAGGUGGCCUCACGGUGGCCCUUCCUCACCCAGAACCAAGGAAGCAGCACUUCACUCUCUCCUUUCACAAUCCCAAGGCCCAGUGGGUCUCCUGCCACCCAUCCUCCGCACGGAGCAGCCUCGCUCCAGGGCUGUAGCCUAGAACUCAGGGGUCAUUUCGGGCUCCCCACUUUCUCCCCCACCCUACAACCGUGCCCCUGGCCCCUCUGCCCAGAUGGGCCCCAUCCCCUCCCCUGGAUGCCUCCUGACCUCCUUGGCCUGGGCUUCCACCAGCCCAGGCACCAUCCUGCUGCUGUGAGGGGGGCAGCUAUGAAAGGUCCCUCCCCCAUCCUGACACCUUCCAGUCGCCCCCGGGCCCUCAGGAUGUCCAUCCUCACGCGGGUGUCCAAGGCCUCACACAGCUCCGUUCCUUCUCCCUUGCACCGUCUUGCCCACAGGAGCAGCUUCUGUCCAGGCAGACCCCUUCCUGCCCUGCCCCCCUUACCGACCCAGCCCUUGAAUACGUGCCAUUUAGAAUCCCACAGAUGACCAGCUGGUCCUUUGCUCAUCGUACCCCCUGGCAAGAAUGCGUUCCUUCCCUACCCACCCUUGGCCUGCGAGGUUCCCGUCCUGGGCUGAAGCCAUUUCCUACUGAGGCUUCCCGUCCUCCGUCUCAGAGCCAAAUGCUAGCGCUCAGGGCCUCCCUGGGCGCGCUGCUGGCUGCCUGCUCUGGGGUGCCCUGGCAGGUAGGGGACUCACUACCUCUCUGGGCCUAAGUCCUCUGUCAGAUGGGCCCGGACGGAUGGACUUGGCCAAGGGACAACGGGGAAGUGUGUAAGACAGCACGGCCCCGCCUCUUCCCUCUCCCAGGGCCUCUUCCUUUGUUUAUAAGUUACCCAAGAACAGGAGCAGGUGAGGUCAGGGGUCAGGGGCCAGGAGAGGAAGCCCGGCAGGAGGGCCAGGAAGUGUCCCAGCCAUCGGGCGGAGGAGGGCAGUCUGUGGCCUGGGCUGAAGGACCAGAGGAAGGCUGGUGUUUUAUACUCCUGGGAGGGGGACAAGCAAGGGACAGGGAUCCUGACUCCUGAGCCAGAGAGGUGGGCCCGGUCCAGAGGGCGGGUGGGUGUUGGGGGUGGAGCUCAAGGACACAGGCCCCAGCAGGCGUGAAGCUGGAGGAAAUUCCUAAUUCACAUUGAAUGCAGUUACUUCUCCCCGGAGGGCUGCCGAGGCUGGGGCCUCAGAGACCUCUGAGCCUGCACCUGGGCUGGGGUGGGGAGGGCCUCAGCCCAAGGAUGCCAUUGCAUUUGGGGAUUUUUCACAUUGCCUAUUUAUGAAUAUAUAAAUCUUUAUAGCGAAUCUAUUUUUUAAAACAUGGAAAAGUUGCCUUUAUGGAGACUUAGCAGAGCCAGAGUGUACGCAUUCCUAAACUAUUAAACGUUUCUGUAAUGAG